AUGGAAGAGUUGGCGAGAGAAAGCAUCAGUUUGCUGGCCAAGCCCACGCUCGAUACCGAUGGCCCAAGACUUGGAUCUAUGGGAGCAAUUUUCAUCAUGCUCAAAUCUGCGCUUGGUGCAGGACUUCUCAACUUCCCAUGGGCUUUCGAGAAAGCCGGGGGAAUUCGCUCCGCGGUCGCCGUGGAAAUGGUUAGUGACUUUACUGACCCCAGUACCACAAUUUAUUUGAUUUGAUACAUUCCUGUUUUUAAACUUAAUUUUAACCACCUCCUGUUUUAAAACUUAUUUUAAACCAAUUUAAACGAUCUAUAUAGGCCUACUCCAAACCUAUUGAUUUAGGCAUGUAAUUUACUGUGCAGGUGAACCAUCUAGAAUUGGGUGGUGGGAAUCAAAUCAAGUCAAAUUGUAUUCGUCACGUAAACAACUGGUGUGGACUAACAGUGAAAUGCUUAGGCUACUUAUGGGCCUUUCCCUACAAUGCAGAGAGAAAGAAAAUAAAGAAAGGCUAGAAAAGUAAAACACAUAAAAAUAGAUACACAAGGAGUAAUGAUAACUUGGCUAUAUACAAGGGGUACACCUGUCUAUAUUUUGAAACAUAUAAUGUAGUCCCCUGUAGCUCAGUUGGUAGAGCAUGGCGCUUGCAACGCCAGGGUUGUGGGUUCGUUUCCCACGGGGGGCCAGUAUGAAAAAUGUAUGCACUCACUAACUGUAAGUCGCUCUGGAUAAGAGCGUCUGCUAAAUGACUAAAAUGUAAAUGUAAAAUGUACCAGCAAUGUUCCCUCAAAUUUUUGAGUGCAAACUUGAACAUUGUGAAAAUUCUGUGCAACUACCAGCGCACGUUUACUGUGAACACUGGGGCUGUACCCCCUUUAAUUUACUGUUUUAACAGUGGCCAAGUAGGCUACUGUGGCUAUUUGAUCAUAAUGUAGGCCUACCAGAGUGGCCUACCACAAAAAAACGAUGGCGAAAAUGCAUCACAUAACAUUUUAACAUGGAAAUAUCGGUUCUAUCAUUCAGCCUACAGUAGCAGCCAAUGUGUGGUUUUCAAUGUAGGCCUACAUUCCAUGAGACCUUUGAAAAAAACAUGCAGGGUUUGACAUUAACCUGUUUAUCCACUUGUCCUUCAGACAAGGGGGUGACUGAACAUUUUGUUGUGUUGUUUGAUGCAAGAAACCACUUUACAAAAUAAAAUUCAUUAUUAUCCCCAUACCAUUAUUACAGAGAAUCAUACAAAGUAUGCUACCCUCUGCCUAUUGGCUACUUAGCUUAUUCAAGCCUGUCUUAAAAUACAACACUGUCCCUUUAAGGCAUAAAAAAAAACUCUUUACCUGACUUGCUUUUCAAAGAUGACUAGAAAUGUACACGUUUUGUGCUCUUGUAGGAAGCAAUCACUCCCUCAUUGCUGACUACAAAUUAGCAAUAACUGGGCUAAUAACUCACUAACUAGCAAAGAACAUGAACAAAUGUGGCUACAUGAAGCUCUCACUUUGAUCUCUAAACAAGCGCAUAAUAAUCACGACCGCUCAUACAGUCCAGUUCAAAGUGAAUGGUACAAAUCCAUAUAUGGCAAUGGUCUAUUUGCAUAUAGGCCUACUGCAGCUCUGAUUGGUUAUGGCGCACUAGUCUGUAUAGAGUACGGGCCUGAGUCCUGCCUGUCAAUGCAAUAUAAUCCUAUUCCGAUGCGCUCUGCCUACAACAAAAUCUCUUGCAUAGUUAGUUUUGAUAACUAAGUCUUGCAUAGUUCGUUUUGUUUCGGUAUGUUGCAUUGAAAGUGGCUAAUAUUGCGUUGAUUCGAUCACGGACACGUGCGCAGCUUAGAGGGAACAUUGGGUACCAGUACCUAGUCGAUGUGCAGGGGUACGAGGUAAUUGAGGUAGAUAUGUACAUAUAACUAGGAAUAAAGUGACAGAUAGUAAACAGUAGCAGUAGCAUAUGUGAUGAGUCAAAACAGUUAGUGCAAAAAGGGUCAAUGCAGAUAGUCUAGGUAGCUAUUUGCUUAACUAUUUAGACAACUAUUUAGCAGUCUUAUGGCUUGGGGGUAGAAGCUGCCGUGCGGUAGCAGAGAGAAUAGUCUGACUAGGGUGGCUGGAGUCUUUGACAAUUUUUAGGGCCUUCCUCAGACACAGCCUGGUAUAGAGGUCCUGGAUGGCAGGGAGCUCGGCCCCAGUGAUGUACUGGGCCGUCUGCACUACCCUUUGUAGCACUUUGCGGUCGGAUGCCAAGCAGUUGCCAUUCCAAGCUGUGACGCAGCCAGUCAAGAUGCUCUCAAUGGUGCAGCUAUAUAACUUUUUGAGGAUCUGAGGGCCCAUGCCAAAUCUUUUCAGCCUCCUGAGGGAAAAGAGGAGUUGUUGUGCCAUCUUCACAACUGUGUUGGUGUGUUUGGACCAUAAUAGAUCCUUAGUGAUGUGGACACCGAGGAACUUGAAGCUCUCGACCCGCUCCACUUCAGCCUCGUCAAUGUGAAUGGGGGCGUGCUCGGCCCUCCGUUUCCUGUAGUCCACGAUCAGCUCCUUUGUCUUGCUGACGUUGAGGGAGAGGUUGUUGUCCAGGCCUUCCACCGUCGUGUCGUCGAGGAGGGGUCAACAUGCCAAGAGAUGGAUAGCUUGUCUAAUUGAUUAAUUAUGGGUAGCCUACAUAUUCUUCAUCUGAAUAAUUGCAUCAAUAUUGAUCAUUUCCUGUUUUUGCAUUUUGUAUAUAAUCAAUAUCAAGCACCGCAGUCAAGCACAUGAUUCUCAGCAGUUGUACACCCUAAAUUCACCUUUCUGUGACAUUCCCUCUGGUUAUGCCUUCCCCUCAUCCCUGUUAUCCUUUAUUAGCCUGGCUGACGUGAAUCACGAGGACUUCGAGUUUGGUGUCAGCCAGACUAAUCCUUUAUAGGCCUACUCUCUUAUUAUUUGCUCAAUCACAUCUCUCUUCUCCCACUCAGCAACCUCUUGUAUCUUCAUCUCUCCUCUGCCCCAGGUGUCCCUGGUGUUCCUCAUCAGUGGGUUGGUAAUCCUGGGCUACUCCUCCUCCAUCAGUGGUCAGAACACAUACCAGGCCGUGGUGAAGGAUGUGUGUGGGCCUGCCAUCGGGCAGCUCUGUGAGGUUGUCUUCGUUUUCAACCUCUUCAUGAUCUCUGUGGCCUUCCUGGUCAUAGUGUCAGACCAGCUGGAGAAACGUGAGUAUGUUCAUGCUUCUCCCCGACUGCAUGAUUCCCUGACUAUCUCUUGCUGGAUUAUGUUACCAUUUGAUAAUCAAGUCAUUCCUUCAUGAACUAUUUCUUCUGGAGCCUUUGAAAUCAUCAGAUUUUCAUGUCCCCACUUCUCAUUAUGUAAUGAUGAUCAUUGGAAAUAGGUUAAUGAUAUAGAUUUUCAACUUCAUAUACAGUAUCUGAUACAUGUUUCUUUAUGUCAUUUAUGUGUUUGUGUUGCAGUAUGCAUCUCCCUGUAUGAGUUGAUCACUGGAUUACCCGAGGCAGAUAUGCCAUACCACUGGUACACACACCCACAUUUCGCCCUCAUCCUCCUGUGUGUCUUCCUCAUCCUCCCUCUCUCCAUCCCUAAAGAGAUCAGUAUUCAGAAGUACAUCAGGUGAGUGAGUCAUUUAUGGGCAGUGUACUACAGCAUUGCAAAGAUUUAAACCCAGGCUACUUGGUGCAGAACAUUGCACCAUUUGUGUGGCGGUUGGCUGCCAUAUUCAAUCUCAUGUUAUACUCAACCCUUUCCCUCUUUUGAAGUGUUUUAGGUACUCUGGCAGCUACAUACUUAACAGUGGCCAUCAUUGUGAAAUAUCACACAAGAGAGGGCAGUGAGGUGCACGAAUCCCCCUUGUACACUAGUGGGUGAGUGCUUGUCAUCUCAAUUCGUAUUCUUUUUUUUUCUUUUUUUUCUUUGAGCAAUUUCUGUCCUUGUUACAUAGUCUGAGUGAGGUGAACAAUAUCGAUAUGAUUUUAUGAUAGGCCUAUAUGAGGGCCUUUAGCAUAGGCCUAUAUGCUACUUGGAAAAAUGCUGUCAAGUUAAAUGUAACCUGUAAAGAAGUCUGUGAGAUCAGGAUCUAAGAUGCUCUUUAAUAUAAGCUGCAAUUAGUCCUUGUUCCCUUGUUAAAGGUAUUUUAAUUGUGAACUACAUUUUGACUGUCUGGGAGUGGAGUCCAAGCCCUCAGCCCACACAUUGUAAUGUGUAGGUGUGAUUGACAGAAACUGUAAAAGACUGAAAUUGCCUCAGGUCAGACUAGGUCCUGUUGAAAAGGCCCUUUUCAGAGCCACUCUGAAGUUUUCUUGUCGUCUUUCUGUAGAAUAAACUCUUGGGCUUCGAUGUUCAGCGUUAUACCGACCAUCUGCUUUGGCUUUCAGGUGAGUACGGCUUCAAUCAUGUUUGGUUUUCAAAGUGGUCACUUGUGAGGUUUGAUUUAUUUUCUUUAUGACGCCAGUGGUUUAAAGUCUGGCAUUUACCCCAAAUUCUGGUCAAUUGAGGAGCUGUCUAUUAAUGAGCAUCACAAUUCAACAGAGCCUCAGGCUAUCCGGCAGAGGAGAGCUGUUUCUCUGUUCAAUAUUUUAACUUGGGUAAGAUUGGAAGAAAAUUGGAAAAUAUCACUCAUUUUCAGAGAUAUUAUUUGUAAUCUUCUGAGUAACCAAGGAAACACAGGGGGAUUGUCAGAAAUGUAAUAAAAGGGAAGUAGGGAGAGAGGCCCACAAAGCCCAGCUCCCUAAGCCCCUGAACCCCCAGGCUGAUUGAUUACUGAGCUGGAGAAAAAAAUAGGAAGGAUGGGAAUCCUGAAGGGAGGUGGGAUGGAGGAUUGUUAGAGAAAGAUCGAGGAAAAUUAGAUUGAGGAACCUGGAAGAACCUUGCUAGUGUAAUGUAUAUAGUUGAAUUGUCAGCUUAUGACAAAGGCUCUGACGUUCUAUGAUUGGGAGCAUUAAGAGCUGUGGAGCCCCAUGUUAUAGAUAGCUCUGGCCCUUACAUUGAGACUAACUGGCCACCAGAAUGAUUCAAAGGAUUACACUAAGUGUUGGGACUCAUGUCUGUCACAGGUCUAUGUAGUCAUGUUUCUCUGAGCUUUGCAUUCUGACCCUGCCAUGUUCUGUUCUGUAUCAUUCUGUGCUCCAGUGUCACGAGGCCUGCAUAGCCAUCUAUAGCAGCAUGGAGAACAAAAGCCUGUCCCAUUGGGUACUCAUCUCUGUGGUGUCCAUGUUCUUCUGCCUGGUCAUUUACUCCCUAACUGGUGAGACUCAUCCCUUCAAUGCUCCGUCUCAUAGCACCAAUUGAUUGUAGUGAACACAGUGACUAUUCUACUGUAGACUCUUAGAAAAAAAGGUUCCAAAGGGGUUCUUCGGAUGUCCCCAUAGGAUAACCCUUUUGGGUUCCAUGUAGAACCCUCUGUGGAAAGGGUUCUACAAGGAACCAUAAAGGGUUCUACCUGGAACCAAAAGGGUUCUACCUGGAACCAAAAGGGUCCUUCAAAGGGUUCUCCUAUGGGGACAGCUGAAUAACCUUUUAGGUAAAGUUGGUGUCUGAAUGUGUUUCUCCUCUUUCUGGUUUAGGUGUUUAUGGAUACCUGACAUUUGGCAAGGAUGUUGCAGCAGAUAUUCUGAUGUCAUACACAGGGGACGAUGUCCUCAUGAUCAUUGCAAGACUGCUCUUUGGGAUCUCUAUCAUCACCAUCUACCCCAUCAUCCUCCUGCUUGGAAGGUAACAUGAUGGCUGGAGAGCAUUUAAUAAUGGGCAUUAAAUAGAAAUAGCAUUCAUUGGCCAUUAAAUCAGAACAUUUAAGCCAAAAUAAAGAACUUGUUAUGAAAUGUGUCUGUUUUGACCCAGUGAGUCUCAUUGCACAGUGUCUCUAACGUCCUGCACACAGGUCCGUGAUUCAGGACCCACUGCUGAGUUUCCGUCGGAGCUUCCACGUUGUGACGGAGUCAUAUGAGAACUGUAGCCGCGUGGGGCUGACUAUAGCUUGGAUCACUGUCACCCUCCUCAUUGCCAUGUUCAUCCCAGACAUCAGCAAGGUUAUCAGUAUCAUUGGGGGAAUCAGCGCAUUUUUCAUCUUCAUCUUCCCAGGUUGGCAAAUUAUCCCCCUUUCACACCUUCACUCUCUCCCACACAGUUGUAUGUGAAUCGAACCAGCAGAGAUAAUGUAUGUUUGCUUCAUCUGCAGGACUAUGUCUAGUAUUUGCCAUGCAGUCAGAGCAAGUAUCUUUCAAAACACGGUGAGUUUAAAUCAAUCAUGGUCACUCAUGCAAACCAUUCAUCCAUCCAAAUCCUUCUUUUAAUUUACUCAAUUGUUCUCCUUUAUUUUCUCACUACCCCUCCCCCAUUCCCUCUCAGAGUGGUCCUAACAACAUGGGGGAUGAUCACUCUGAUCUGUGGAGCCUUCAUCUUUGGACAGAGCACCACCAUCGCCAUCAUGCAGCUCCUCAAUAAGAUCUAA